GUUGUCAGACCUGCCUCAUCAGGCCCACCAACCUCAAUCAACUGUCACUUUUUGUCAACAUAGCUAGACUCGCCCCCCGACUAAUAAAUUAAUCACCAAUUAAUUACAAACGCCGUCCACGUCCGAAUUUUAAUUCCGUACGUGAGUGUGCCACUGUGUGCGUUCUAUUACAUCCAGUUGAAACGCGCCCCGAAAAUGGUCGCCGACGAGUCGACGACUUGAAAACAUAUUGCGAAACUUGGUAAAUAUCAAUGUGAAAAGUGAACCAACAGCCCCCGGAAUGGCAUCGUCGUUCAACGCUGACACGAUCUCCGAAUGCAGUGAAGCCAGCACGCUGAUUGACGGCAGUGUCAUUUCGACAGUACCGGACCGACAUGGCUUUUUAGGGGGCGCACAGUACUCGCCCGAGCCGAGACAAGGGCCCCCGCCCGAAAUCGUGCUCCGGAGGGAGCGCAAGUGGCUGAAAAUGCUGUCGCAGUGGAAUUUCUACAUGGACAGGAAUUACAGGAAGAUUAAGGAGAGGUGCCGGAAAGGCAUCCCCAUGUCGAUUCGCCCCCGCGCUUGGCUCUACCUCUGCGGUGGCAAACUCCUAAUGGACAAAAACCAGCACGUGUACGAGGAGUGUUUACGUGCCGAAGGCGACCCCAAAUGCAUCGACGACAUAAAAAAAGACAUCCACCGUCAAUUCCCCACCCACGAAAUGUUCAGUUCCGAAGACAAACCCGGCCAGACCGAGCUUUUCAACGUCCUCAAAGCCUACACAGUCCAGAACCCCAAAAUCGGCUACUGCCAAGCGCAAGCCCCCGUCGCCGCCUUCCUCCUGAUGCACCUGCCGGCAGUGCAGGCCUUCUGGUGCCUGGUGAGCAUCUCCGACCGCUACCUGGAGGACUACUACUCGCCCACCAUGGAGGUGGUGCAGCGCGACGGCCUCAUCCUCCAGGGACUCCUGAAGAAGGUGUGUCCUGCGGCGUACAAGCACCUCAAGAAGGUGAACGCAGAGCCGAUGUUCUACUGCACGGAGUGGUUCUUGUGCGCGUUCACGCGGACGCUGCCCUGGGACUCGCUGUUGAGGGUCUGGGACGUGUUUCUGUGCGAGGGGGUGAAGAUUUUGUUCAAGACGGCGCUGGUUAUCCUGAUCAGUUGUCUGGGGACGGCGAAAAGCCGCAAACAGUGCCCUGGGUUGUGUGAGACGCUGAAUAAGUUGCGGAAUCCGCCGGAAGAGGUGCUGUCGGAGCAGAACUUGAUCAGCAAUAUUUAUCGGCUGGACUUGAGCGAGAAAGACUUCGAGAUGGAGCACCAGAAACAGACGAUCCGGAUGAAGAGCGAGAAGGCGAAGGGGCAGCGGUGAGGGGGGCUGAGUGUAUGAUGGUGGAACAGAUCGAAUAUAUUUCUUGUUACAUUUUUGCAUUUAUUAGUUAUGUUAAGGCAGCACCUGUUUUUUUCUAGUCUAAGGUGCAACAAAAUUCGUUUAUUUCUAGGUCUUUUCUAUUAUGAUGUUUUCUAUCGACUGUAUAUAAGAGAUGAGAUAAUUUUUCAAAUUAAUAAAUCUGAUGACGGUUA